GUUCCAACAAAACCCGUCAAAAUUUCGUUCUCAACAUUCAAGGACAACUUCUCGACGGGAGUCAGCUUCCUCCGGAGACGCUUCAGCUCAGGUGACCUCCAGGGCGAGCUACGUGAUGCCCAAGAGCAAGGCCAGGUCCCCGUGCUUCCGAUACGGAAGGGGCCUUCGCCGAGUGCGCCCAGUUCCCCAUCGAAGACCAGCGCGGUCGGGAUUGCCAAGGGCAUAUUCUCAGGUCAGAGGUCAAAUGUCAACAAGGACCGAUGUAAGACCCUCCUUGUCAUUGACGAUCCCCACACCGACUGGUCGAAAUAUUUCCGCGGUAAGAAGCUAUUUGGUGACUGGGACAUACGAAUAGAGCAGGCAGAGUUUCCUGAAAUCAAUGUUGCUGCCUACACAGACCAAGGGACCAUGGUCGACAUUCAAGUAUUGAGGAAUGGCACCAGAGUUGUCAGGUCUUUCAAGCCAGACUUUGUGCUCGUCAGACAACAUGUGCGUGACGCUUGUGAGGACUGGCGUAACCUGAUCAUGGGGUUCCAUUAUGGCGGUGUUACUAGUAUUAAUUCUAUGGAUUCCAUUUACAACUUUCAAGAUAAACCUUGGGUGAUGGCACACUUAAUCCAGAUCCAAAAGAAACUUGGACCGGACAAGUUCCCAUUGAUCGACCAAGCGUAUUAUCCAAACCACAAGGAAAUGCUGGUCACUCCAAAAUUUCCAGUUGUGGUGAAGAUUGGACAUGCUCAUUCUGGUAUGGGAAAGGUGAAGAUCGACCACCAUCAUGCCUUCCAAGACAUCUCCAGUGUUGUGGCUGUGACCAAGACAUAUGCCACCACAGAGCCAUUCAUUGACUGCAAGUACGACAUCCGUGUGCAGAAGAUAGGCAACAAUUACAAGGCAUUCAUUCGCAAAUCCAUAUCUGGAAACUGGAAAGCCAAUACCGGGUCAGCAAUGCUGGAACAGAUAGCUAUGAAUGACAGAUAUAAGCUGUGGGUUGAUGAGUGCAGCCAAAUGUUUGGAGGUCUGGAUAUUGUAGCUGUGGAAGCCCUGCAGGGUAAAGACGGCCGUGAAUAUAUCAUUGAGGUGAACGACUCAUCAAUGGUUCUGUUAGGAGAGACUCAAGAGGAGGACCGACGCCUCAUCUCUGAGAUGGUGCUGCAGAAAAUGCAGAUUUACUGCAAACCAGGAAUGAAUCAAGGACCCAGUGGCUCCCUACAACCACAGUACACAGCAGACACUCCACCACCACCACCUCCACGGCCAGCUGGAUCACGUACUGGUCAAACUGAUGGCGGACCUCCCGGUCAGCAACCAGGUGUCCCAGCAAGGCCCGGACAGCCAGGACAGGGUCCACCGCAAGCAGCGGGGCAGCCACCGCCACCACCACCGCAGCAGCAACAACAACAACAACAACACCAGCAGCAACAACAAAGCCAACAGCAGCACCCUCACCAACAACAGCAGUCAGGGAACCAGGCGCACCCGCCGGCCCCAGGGGGGCAGGGCCAAGAUGAGGACACAAUGCAAAACCUUCGGAAGACUUUCGCUGGAAUUUUCGGGGACAUGUGAAGCAAAUUUUAAGGGUCUGGGGAUUGUUAGGCGGGGUGGAAUGAAGUAGCAGUGCUUUGUUUUUUCUUUUUUUUUUUUUU